AUGUCUACAAUCCAACCAUCAGCACGCAGCCACGACGACAAUCUUCAAAGUCGUGAGCGAGUUCUCGCUCACCCAGAAGCCGUCGAAGUCAGCAUGCAGCAGGGCAGUAUACUGGCUGCCACCCUGCGUCCGAUCCCCUUUCGGUUCGGAAUACUUUCUACAAGAAACGGCGUCGACCCCUCGGACACCAACAAAUACGUUCUCAUCGAAGGACGGCAGCACAUUACAGAGGAGCGGUACGAAGCAAUUGAAGAAGCAGCGCGUACAUCAGUCGAAAUUGGUGAUAAUUCGCUAUUCAUUGACCUGCACAUGUCGGAAGCGGAGGAAAGUCUGUCCGUUGCUCUCCUCUUGAGAUGGAACCUGCAAGUCAACUUGUUGCAGGGGGGAAUGAUCUCGGCUGAGAAGAUAAUUUCUGUUGAUUCAACGAUGAAGCUUUUGGAGGAAAAACGCCUGUCAAUCAGAGCCGCAGAAAUUUCAGGGGUUCAAUGGGUCCUUAAAAAGAUCCAGGAGUUGGAUGAAAAUAGUUUGUCUCUGCAGGACUCGUCUGUGCAGCAAUUGAAUCUCAAGCAGCGGGCUAAAGCUCUUGUUGAACACUUUCUCGCGAAGUUGGACGGGUGCGUUGAGGAAUUCUAUGAGUUACCCAGAGAGCAAUGA